UAACACUUUCACACUUUCACCUCCACUUUGGUCUCCAACUGUGAGUACCACUGCACCACCAGCAUCACCACUGCAUCACUGCACCACUCCUACUACGCCACCGCCACUACCACUACCAUCGUUUCUGGACAAGCGAGUGACAACGUCGUUAGUCCCUCUGUGGGACCGGCGACGGGUGCGACUGCGAGGAGAGUCGGUGUAAGUUACAACCCUUUCAUAUCCUUCCUCUCACACCUAUCUAUCUGAAAUUUGGGAAUCAUGUCAUGCUCGCUUACAAUCUAUCUGGAUUUUGGGAAAUCACGCUUGCUCGCCAUCGCCCCCUCUUCCAACGUCAAAUUGGAACGUGUCUCUUCCACUGUCAGAUUGAAUGUUGUAUAUUUCUGAUGGGCCUCUACCCCUACUCACAUUGCAUUCUACUUACCUUCGACAAGGCAACAUGUCAAUUGACAGGCACUAACAUUGCUUAAACUAGGACGGAAGACGGGCGGGUAAGGCCAGGCGUCAGGCUGUAAAGAGGAUUAACAUCAGUGCCGAACAAGCGGACUUCGAACGAUUGAUGCUUAAACGUGGUUUCGAUAUGACAGCAAUCCGCGAGACCAAGAUUGCAGUGAGAGAACUGGAUCCCAGAAAGUGCUAAAAGUUCAGGUAUGCGUCAUUGGCCUUAUGAGCACACUAUUUAAUUCACGUAAGUUUUGCCUGAUUCAUUUCUCAUACACUAUUAAUGAUUGUUGGUAGGGAUGGUCGCUACACGCACUCCAGGCAUGGACGCGAGAGAAAGAAAGAUACGGAAGGCACGCAAGACAAGGACUCCAAUUAUGUUAUCCCAGCACGCUAUGUCCCGACUCUACAAGAUCCAAGAUUGAACUCGUUUGUAAGUUUAUGAAUUCCCAAGAAAUCUAAUUUGGCUAACUGCGAUCUUCUCAGAAACAACCAUUCGCGGAGAUCACUCAGAAGUUGGAGAAGAUUGUGCCUGGUGACGACGAUGACGACUACGAUGAUACCCCACCACCACCUGCACCUAACCCGAACCCCAAUGAUGAAGAGAGGGAAGAGCAGUGA